GCAUAAGAAAAAGUUGAAGUGUAGCCUCAUCGAUCUUCAGUCACAAAUAAUCAUAAGAUGAAGCCAAUUUUGUUUGCAAUCUUGUUGCUUUUGGUUUACGUAAUGUUCUGUCCCUCCUCAACACUUGCAGCUCGAGUAGCAGGGGAGCGAGAUGAUGAGAAAGGAGCAGGAGGUGAUUUUGGAAGAGGUAUUGGAAAUGCUCCACGUGGAAGAACACCAAUACAUCCACCACCUAUUCCUGCUUCUCCCAAUCUUGCUGAUGCUUUUAUUCCUCCAAUUCAUUUACCUCGAACUCCAAUUCCAAGAUUACCUCGACCUCGUUUUCCACACCCGCACCAAUGCGAUCCUGAUAUGCCAGUCUAUGGUGUUUUUUGCCCCCCACCUAGUAAUUAAGCAUUUAACACUUAAUUAAUUAAUAAGUUGAGGUCGAGGUCGUCCAAGAAGAAGCAAUAUUUAUUAACCAGUGUUUCGUUUUAAUUUGUGUGCCUUGUACCCAAAUGCAUAUGUGUUUGUUUUACUAGCCAGUACGUAGAACAAUCGACCUCAAUAAUGUACGUUUCAGUUUGUUGUAAUACUUACUGCUUAUUGUGAAAUAAAACCAUAUAUUAUUGGCCUUCAAUUUUC